AUACUCGAGGCGCCUGGGAACUCCAUUUGCAGGGUGUAGCUUCUCGUGCAGUGUCUUCAUCAUGAUCGGAUCACUUACUCUUCUCGGCGCUCUUGUGAUUUACCUUGGUCAAGGCCAAGCUUACCAAAUGAGAUGGUGCACAAUUUCUGACAAAGAACAGGCAAAAUGCGACGACUUGAAAUCUGUUCUUAAUCAACCAGGGAACGAUUCCGAUGUUACUGCAAGUUGUGUUCAGGGAGGUAGUGCGAUUGAUUGUAUGAAAAAGAUAAAAAACGGAGAGGCUGAUCUGAUCACGCUCGACGGAGGAGAAAUAUAUCGUGCAGGUAAGGAAUACAUGAUGGCUCCCGUGGUUGCUGAAACGUAUACUGCUGAUGCGGGGAGCCUCUCUUAUUAUGCUGUGGCAGUUGUAAAAAGGGAUGGUACGAUUACAGGCCUAGAAGACCUGAAGGGAAAAAAGUCUUGUCAUACAGGAGCGGGAAAGACAUCUGGCUGGGUCGUACCCGUUGGUACACUGCUGGCCGAGAAAUUCAUGACUCAAGACUCUAGCUGUAAUCCGUACGUAUCAGCUGGAAAGUAUUUUAAAGAAAGCUGUGUGCCAAAUGUUAAGAACCCCGAUAUUGAUAAAAACAAAAUUAAUCCCGAAAACCUUUGCGCGCUCUGCAAAGAUGAAUGCGAGAAAAAAGGAAAAUACUCUGGUUAUAGUGGCGCCUUUAAAUGCUUGAUGGAUGGUGUGGGUGAAGUGGCAUUUGUAAAACAUACAACCGUAACCAGCGAACCAUCAGCAAAUACAAGUGAUUACUUAUACCUGUGUUACGAUGGAACUACUGGUGCCAUUGGAGAUCAUACCACAUGCAACCUAGCUAAAGUUCCCUCUCACGCUGUAAUGACGAGCAACGGAAGCAGUAAUAAAGCAAACUACGCUAAGAUCUUGAUCAAAGCGUCAAGUGAUUAUGGGAUCCUAAUGUUUGACUCAGCCAAGUGGAACGGAACAGAUCUUCUCUUCAAAGAUUCCACUGUCAAGCUUUUAGACGUCAGUUCUAAGACCUACGAGGAGUUUCUUGGAGACGGUUAUUUAAAAGAUCUCGAGUCGUUAAAUGCAUGUCCCCCAACAACAUACCCCCCAAUCUCAGGAACCAAGCAGAAUACGCCUCACCUGAUUGGUUCUGUCGUUUUCUUGUUGACGGCUCUGUUCCUGUGUGGAGCUGUACCUUACUGAAAACCUCAUGCAAGAGCUGCACAUUGUAGAAGUGUAACCACUAACUAGCCUAUAUGAUUUUUUGUUCCUCUUAUUGGGUAACUAGAGUUUUUGUUGCUGAUUUUGCUUCGCUAUAGGGAUAUACUGAGUUGCCUACUUGCAGACUUUUCAUGCUUGUCACGCAACGCUAUUCGUCAAUGUGCGACCGCGCGCUGCGUAUCAAAUCUUAAAACAACUGGUGACUAGGCUAGUUUCGGCGUUGUUCUAGUCAGUGUAUCGUUUCGUAAUUCGAGUGUAACUGGGCUUGAAUGUAGUUCAUCGUUUUAAACCUAAAAAGAUUGAAAGUCAAAGGCACGUGGGUUUUGAAAGUGAAACGGAAAAUGAGGUAUAACAUUUAGAGAAGGAGUAGCUGUGUUGUUUUUGUUCGGUAAACAUAACUUUUUUAUGUUACUAGAGAUAGUGUCAACUAGUGGGGUCGGAACAGUAGUUGUAAUCUGGAAGAAAACAUUGUUUCUUUGUUUCGUUCGAAAGACUGAACUAAAGAAGCUUGCUGCGAGUUAUAUAGGAAGUAAAAUGGUGAAGCUUUUAGAAACGACCAAGACAGGGUUAAUAGCACGAGGAAAGAAAAGAUCGGUUUGUAAUUUCGUCAUGCUGUGUGAACAGGGAACUUAAUCGAGUGCGCACGACCAGUUUUCUUGAAUAACAAAGCAAGGGAGUUAAUAAGUGCUCAUUAAAGUUGUUGUUUCUUUGUUUCACCAUGAUUAGAAUAAACAAAGCUGGUCUUGUAUUGUC